UAUGUAUGUAUGUCAUUCGCCGAGAUUUUACUGCCGAAAUAAAAUUUGAAAUAUUUUUAGGCAUAUUAAAAAGAAUCUCUUUUUAAGUUAAGUAAAUAGUAAUAUUAUUUCGGUUUUGUUACAAAAUUAUUACAAGACUCAGAACUCAAAUUCGAAAUCAAAAUCGAAUUCGGUACAAAACAAAUCACAAAUCAAAAAAAAGACAAUUAAAGAAUUUAGAAAAAAUUGUAAAUAAAUAAAUUUAUACUCCAUAAAUCUGAAAAAAAAACUAUCAAAAUUUCGCAGUAUAGUAGUUGUGCUGUACCAACAAAACCAAAAAUAAUGGCGAACACAAUAGAAAAUCUGUUGUACUGCUUAAGAAGUAUCCUCAUUAAAAUAACACUGGGCCCGAUAUCUUUCGUAUUUCUUGAACUAUCAAAAUUUGUGCUAGUGCUGGCGUUGGCCUUCUGGAUAACGGUUGGAAUUUUUAUGAUGUGGGAAAGCAUAAUGCCUGAAGCGGCAAGUCGUCUCUCGGCUGCAGCCGCCGCUGUUGUCGCCAAUUCGAGUGGUCUUAUGCCCAGUGACGAAGGCCAGGAUAAUGCUAAUGAGUCGAGCAGUUAUCCCUUUGUUGUAGAUUUGCCAAAAACUGAAUCGUUGUCUUUGGAGAAACAUAUUAUAGAUGAAACAUUGCUCCAAAAAGUGGCGUCAGAAGGGAAAAGUCCAAGUAUACUUAAGAGUGAAGCUCCAGCCGUUAAUAGCGUUACAGAAGAAACUAAAGAUGAAAUUAAAAUUGAAAUUAGCAAAGCUGAAGUGGUGUCUGCAGAAGCUGUUGUCUCCAAACAACCUUCCACAGCAAUGGGAAGUGAAGCUGGUGACUCAGAUAAACUAAUUGAAUGAAGAAAAGGUUAACUUAAUUUUUAUCAAUAUUCUAUUAUCAGACAGAAGCAGAAAACGUGAAAAAAGAAUUUAAUUUUGUUUGGUGGAACUGAAUUUUUGGUGAACUCUUUAAAAAGUUCGAUAAUAAAAGUCUAGGAAUAUAAAUGUAUAAA